AUGGAUAUUUUAAUGAACUUGAGGGAUGAAGCGUACACGAGAGUGGUGGACGAACUCUCCGACUUGAUUACCAGCGGUGAGACCAUAAGAAAUGAAGAGGAAAACAUCCGGCGAUUCUCCGAGCAAAUGAUCUACGUCAGGGAGAUCAUCUUAAAGCUUCAAUCGCAGCAAUCGGGAGGCCAGUUUACUUGUAGUUCCACUACAGCCAACUUGCUCCGCCGGAUGGAGAUUGCGGUCAACAACGCUCGAGAAACUAUCGAGGGAUACAAAUCCAAAAGCUCGCUCUUACGCUUAUUAUUCUGCCGCUCUGUCGUCUCCAAGCUGAACCAGUCCUCCAAGGAAAUCGCCGACGUUCUCAGCCUCCUUCCCUUAACUGACAUCGGCAUCUCUCUCAACAUUUACUCCAACCUCGACGCAAUCAUCCAUAGCCUAAAGUCCAUGGAGCUCAAGCUUGAGGAAAACACCAAGACCAUCCACUCCAGGCUCGAUCUGUACAUCUCUGAGAACAGCGACUCCUCUUUGCCGCCAUUGAUCGAAGCCAAGGAAGUGAAGAUCGGUGAACCGAUUAACGAGGCAUACCAGUUCACAAAAAUGUUAGAGUGCUUUUCUUCAGAGAUGGCACCCCCAAUCCAAAGGGAAAGGAGUACUGUUGAUGAAAUUGUGAGCCUUCCGAACAUCUUCUUUUACUGUCCCUUGACUCUAAAACUUAUGGAGGAUCCCGUCAAUGUCUCCUGCAACCACAGCUAUGAGAGAAAAGCAGUUGAAGACUACUUCCGCUCAGGACAUAAAUUUUGUCUCCUUUGCAAAAAGGAAUUAAUAUCUUCAUCGUUGGGGAAGCUGGAGCUCACACCGAACCCUACGCUCCUCAAUACAAUAUCAGAGUGGAAGCAGAGGAACGCGCUUAUCAACGCCGAGAAGAACGCUAAGAAGAAGCUAAGAGAUGCAGCAGAAAGAAUCACUUUUGACAAUAUGGAGUCGACAAACCAAGCCCUGGAAGAACUUAAGGCUGUGAUGAAGGAAAUGCCCAGCUGCAUCAGUGAGGCUACGGACAGCUCCUGCAAGCUUGUUCAGAAGCUGGCGGGGCUCCUGAAGAAAAGCGCAGGCGCAGGAAACGCCGGCUUGGUGUUAUGGUGCCUCCUGUUCAUCGCACGUUUUUCGCAGGAAAACAAAGAAACCAUAGCCAGGGGAGGAGUAAUUAAAUGUCUUUUGAAGCAGCUUAAGACAGAGCCUAUUGCAGCAGAGGUCUUACUUGAACUUUCCACAAACGACAGGAUUGCCCAAAAGAUUAUAGAAAACAAGAGCUCCAUACCAGUUCUUGUCUCCCUCCUCGACAACCCAAAUUCUCAUUUGGCAGAAAAUGCUCGCGCUGUGCUGAAGAAUCUCUCUAACAGUAUCAGCAAUAUUAUUUUGAUAGCAAAGUCAGGGUACCUCACUCCCUUCCUCCAUGAGUUCAACGCGCAAGGGAAUUCUGAGGAGAUGAGAGCAUUCAUGGCUGAAGAACUGGCGAAUAUGCAGCUAACAGAAGCUGCUGCAAGCAACUUGAACAAUGAGAAUUUCAUCUUUCACAUGACUGUAAUGCUCACCUCCAGUUUACCAGCAAGCCAAUUGGCUUCCCUCAAGUGCGUCAAACGGCUCAUGGCCUUCAGUGGAAUUAGGAUAUCGUUUCUGUCGACCGUUAGUAUCGUCUCUGCUGUUCUGUGCAUCAUAAUGGACACUGCUACAGAGCAACAGUCAAGGAAUGAAGCAUUUGAUAUCCUUAUUUCACUCAUUGAGACGAGCCAAACAUUCGAGCAAGAAAGCUAUCCUGGCUUGCUGAGGCUCUACUCCUCCAGCAACAUCCACAAUUUGCUCGAGCAGAUCAUUCCCUCUACUCCCGAUGAUCAAGGUUGGCUGUUGCGGCUUCUGCUUGCAAUGUUUCAGAAAUCUGAUACAGCACGGGAUUGGAUAAUUUCUGAUGGGAAGGCAAUGAACCAUCUCUUCUCCGCUCUUAAUCUGGACAAGAACAGCGAGGUAAGAUUCAAUGCAUUGAAGCUGGUAUACUGUGUUACAGGGAAUUAUCCAAACGAUGUCCCUCUACCACCUCCUGACAAGGAAACAACAUUGAAUUCCAUUAUAGCUAUACUCACUAAGAGUUGCAUUUCUGAGGAGGUUUCCAUUGCUGCGAACAUAAUUAGUCAUCUUCCUCGUGGUGACAAAACUGUGGAUGCGGUGCUGCAAAGCUCGACUGUUUUGAAAGCUAUUAAUGCUCUAAUCUCCCAUGCAAAUAAAUCCAACGAAUUUUUAGAAAAUGCUUUGGGAGCCCUGCUAAGAUGCAUAGACCAAUCGAAUUCAAGUUUUCUGAUUCAGGUCGGAAAGCUUGAGCCAGUUAUUGUGCAAAUGCUCUCAACUGGAAGCUCUCUUGUAAAGCUGCGCGCUGCAAUGAUUCUAACCCAUCUAGCUCGGUGCUCUCCUGAAUCGUCAAGAUCGCUACUUGGCGCAUUACAUUUUCGCCAGCCGUCCUGGAAAAAUGUAUUUUUGACGCAUUGUACUGUUCAUGAAUCCUGCUCGCUACAGCGCGUUAUAUGCCUCGUGAAGGCUGGAGCAGUGAGGCCACUGGUAGAUAUGGUGGACGCCAUGAAUCCUGUUGCAGCUGAAGCAGCGUUAAGGGCACUUGAAACUCUUUUUGAUAAUGGCAAUCCGGAGCCUUCUGUCCCUCAAUCUAUGUUUAAUGCAGUUGCAGCUGGUACCAUUGUAGAGAAUAAAGGUGCAGCGCCGAUCCUUGAAGUGCUCGAACGAGGACCGGUUCCUCUGAAGAAGGUGGCACUUGAACUCUUUGAGAAGAUCUACAAGCAUAGCGAUAUUACGAGUGGAGAGUUGGAGAAGUUCAAAGCAAUACUUUUCUACCUACUGAACGAGGAAGAUGAGCUUAAGAAAAAGGCGAAGGUACUGUUAACUGAAUUAUUCUGAAUGAUUGUUUAUCGUAAGAUUCAUCUCAGCUAGUUUUUGUAAAUUAUAUAAUUAAAAAAUUUGUUGAGAAAUUGUCUGAAAACAGGUUGGAUUUAAGUGAAAGAUCUGAAAAAACAGUUUUUGAGUGUCAAAAAUUUGAUCUUUGUGAAUGUAUUAUCUUCAUUGAUAUCAUUGUGUUCUUCCUUUUAUGAAACAAUCAACAUCAGAACAACACAACUACUAGAAAAA